UGCCUGCUCCUUCCUUCCUCAUCUCACACUACCGCCGCCGGUCCUUCCAUCAUCAUCUCACCUGCGCCAAUGCUCCUGGUGAUCUCUUGUCUUAAGAAGGAGAUCCCAGCUUCCCGAUCUUGUAGUUGUGAUUGAAGCUGGUGAACCUCGGCAAGAAGUUAUCCGGCAAUUUUCAUUUCCCUUUGGCUUCAUUAGCAAAUUCAGCUUUCAUGCUCGAAAUGUCAAUCGUUCAGCAAAAAUAUAUAUUUUUUGGUUCAAAUAGGUUAUAAAUAGGUAAAUAGAAUAUUGAUCGUGUCUAGUCGUUAAUCUUAAUCGCAAAGAAAAAACGUGAUUUUCUUUUCUUUCAUUUAAGCCAAAAAAAGAAAACAUUUGUCAGAUGGUCAAACCAGCAACCGUGAAGAGGUUUUCCAUGGCGUUUCAUUUCCAGCGAAUCCAAGGAUCGUGUUUGAGUUUUAACAAAGCCAGGUACCAUUUGCCCUGCAUUAGUUCGUUAUUUUCUGCGUUCCAAUUUUCAACUAUGAAUGGUUUCUCAGAUUCCUCAGUAAAGGAACCUUAUUUUGAUCAAAUAAACAAUCAGUCUAACGUCGACGAGCGUCGCGUUCUCAGUGAACUCUCCGACUUGUUCCAGUUUUCUUAUAGUAAGACGACUAUUCCAACUCCAUACAAGGAGAGUUAUCCGAUGAAACAAAUAGAAAGUAGAACUGUUGAUGAAUUUUUAUUGCCUGAAGAGAAAUUGCGAGGGAUUUUUCUUCAAAAAUUGAAGGGGAAAACUGCAAUUGAACAUGCAUUGUCACAUGUUAGCGUGGAAUUAAGCAUCGAUAUUAUUGCUAAGGUCAUAAAUAGGGGGAAUUUAGGAGGUGAAGCUAUGGUUUUGUUUUUCAAUUGGGCAAUUAAGCAGCCGGGGAUAUCAAGAGACAUUCAUACUUACUAUAUAAUCAUUAAAGCGCUAGGUAGAAGAAAAUUCUUCAAGUUUAUGAUUGAAAUUCUGCAUGAUAUGGUGAAAGAAGAUCUACAACUUGAUUUGGAGACAUUGUCAAUUGUAAUGGACAGCUUCGUUAGGGUUCGGCAAGUGCAUAAAGCUUUAGAAACGUUUGGGAACUUAGAAGAGCUUGGAUUGAAGCGGGAUACUGAGUCUUUGAAUGUGCUUUUACAGUGUUUGUGUCGACGAGCUCAUGUAGGUGCUGCAAAUUCAUUGUUCAAUGCAGUGGGUGGGAAGAUAAAGUUUACUUGUGUGACAUACAAUAUCAUGAUGAGUGGAUGGUCAAAAUUAGGUAGAGUUAGUGAAAUGGAGAGGAUAUUGAAAGCAAUGAUAGCAGAUGGAUUUACUCCAGAUUGUUCAACUUUCAGUUACCUUAUCGAGGGCUCAGGAAGAGCAGGGCGGAUUGAUGAUGCUGUUGAGAUUUUUGAGCAAAUGAAGGAGAAGGGCUGCAUUCCAGAUACUAGAGUGUACAAUGCAAUGAUUUCUAAUUUUAUUUCUAUUGGGAAUUUUGAUGAAUGUGUGAAGUAUUACAAGGGUUUAUUGAACAGUAACUCUGACCCUGAUUUGGAUACUUAUACGAAACUGAUUUCUGCUUUUCUCAAAGCUCGAAAAGUGGCUGAUGCUCUUGAAAUUUUUGAAGAGAUGUUAGUUCAAGGGAUUGUUCCCACUACAGGGUCUUUAACAUCUUUUAUUGAACCAUUAUGCAGCUAUGGUCCACCACACGCUGCUAUGAUGAUCUAUCAGAAAGCAAGGAGAUUUGGCUGUAAAAUAUCACUUAGUGCCUAUAAGUUAUUGAUCAUGCGGCUAUCUAGAUUUGGUAAAUGUGGAAUGAUGUUAAAUUUGUGGGAAGAGAUGCAAGAAAGUGGUCAUACUUCUGAUAUGGAAGUUUAUGAGAAUAUCAUUAAUGGACUUUGCAACAUAGGGCAUCUUGAAAAUGCAGUGCUUGUUAUGGAGGAGGCUUUACACAAAGGGUUUUUCCCAAGCAGGUUGAUAUGUAGCAAAUUAAAUAAUAAACUGCUUGCUUCAAAUGAAGUAGAGAAGGCUUACAAACUAUUUUUGAAGAUUAAAGAUGCUCGCCGUAAUGAAAAUGCUCAGAGAUAUUGGCGAGCUAAUGGCUGGCAUUUUUGAGUUGGCACAUUUAUUUGUGAAUUGUGACUAAGGCAAGUAAAGUUUGCCUUUGUAAUUUGUCUAUUUCAUUCAACUAGUUUGUAUUACUAAGGUAGUUAUUUUAGUGGUGUUCUUACGGUCUGUGUUUGAGGUUCCUCGAAUUAUUUCAUUGACUGCAGGUACAUGUGUUGAUUACAUCAUUUAGAUGAUGUUUUGGUUUACACGCAGAUUGUCCAAAAAGCUUUUGAGCUCUUUGGUUUCAUGAGGGCUAAACUCCAAAUUGCCAAAGCGAUAUUUAAAUAUGGAUAAUGCUGUGAAGGGCCUAGUAAGGAAACACCAUAUUAUCAUUGGAAGGAGUAAACUUUGGCUUUUCAUUUGGACUUGGACUCUGAGGAGUGCUGAGAUUUUUUUGGAUCAAGUGAUUUUGGUGUACACCCAACAAGAACAGAAUCCCCGAGUGCGGAAAGCAUUUAUGAUAAGAAGAGUCCAUUCACAUUUGAAGACUCUGUUCCCAGCAGUCCGCGCUUCAAGUUUGGAAACUCUCCAAGGCAUCAGUUUGACAGUUUCUCCAGGUUUGAUUCUUUCAGCAUGUAUGAUAGUGGAUUUUCACAGCAACCUGAUAGGCUUACAAGGUUUGACUCCAUUAACAGUAGCGGAGACUUUGGCAGUGGAUUGUCAUCAGACCAUCAGAGUCCAAAGAAUGGUUCUCAUAAUUGGAGUGCUUUCUAGCUGGCUGUAUAUUCUGCAACGUAGUAUUGGAUUGUUGUAAAGUUGUACGGUGUGGCCUUGCUUUAUUUAUAUUGGGACAUUUUUUGGGAAGUUUGGAAUGCCAGAAUGAGAA